UCAUAUCAAUUUAUUGAAAGGAUGACUUUCUCAGAUCUUGGACUUUUCUAUGGUGUGGUUGAUAAUUUCUCGAAAAGUAGCAAUGCUGAUACAUUGAUACAAGAUGUUUGCAAGAUGUCUAGUCACGUUUUGUUAUGUGUGUGAUUUGGUUUUUUACAUUUAGGAAGUCAUAAAUAUAUUGGAAAUGACUGUUGACGGUGCAAUUAGCAAUGAACAGGUGAUUUUUGUCACGGGAGGUUAUGAUCACACUAUCAAAAUAUGGCAACCGCAUACAGGCGUCUGUCAACGAACAUGUCAACAUACGGAUUCUCAAGUCAAUGCCUUGGACAUUACACCAGACAAGUAUGUCGUAGCUGCUGCUGGAUAUCAACAUAUACGAAUGUAUGAUCUAGCUUCAAACAAUCCCAAUCCAGUUAUCAAUUAUGAAGGAGUAUCGAAAAAUAUCACCAGCUUGGGUUUUCAGGAGGAAGGAAAGUGGAUGUACACAGGUGGAGAAGACUGCUCUGCAAGAGUAUGGGAUUUAAGAUCUAGCAGCUUUCAGUGCCAAAGAAUAUUUCAAGUAUCCGCACCUGUAAAUUGUGUAUGUUUGCAUCCUAAUCAAGCAGAACUGAUAGUCGGCGAUCAAAGUGGAGUUAUACACUUGUGGGAUCUUCGUUCGGAUCAUAAUGAACAGCUGAUUCCUGAGGCUGAAUCCUCGAUUCAAGAUAUCGCGGUAGAUCAAGAUGGUUCGUACAUGGCGGCCGUAAAUAAUAAAGGACAUUGCUACAUCUGGACGCUUACAGGAGGUAUUGGAGAGGAGCCUACAAGACUUAACCCGCGUCAUAAACUCCUAGCUCAUAAACGUUAUGCUCUUCGCUGCAAAUUCAGUCCCGAUUCAACCUUGUUGGUGACGACGUCAGCCGAUCAAACCGCCCGAGUAUGGAGAACGACUGACUUUUCUGAAGUACAAGUGCUUCAGCAUGAAGCAAAGCGUUGGGUUUGGGAUGCAGCAUUUAGUGCAGAUUCCCAAUAUAUAUUUACUGCUUCUUCAGAUGGAGUUGCGAGACUAUGGAAUGCAUUUACAGGAACAAUAGAACGAGAAUAUCAAGGACAUCAAAAGGCCGUUAUAGCUCUUGCUUUCCGUGACGAAAUUGUUUCCGCGAGUUAAGAAUAGAAAGUGAAUAUUUAAAUAUUAUUUCUUCUGUUUUGCUUUCUAUCAAAAGCGAUUUAUAAUUUCAGAUAUAUUGUGUCAUUGUUACACGUGCAAAAGGAGUUUUAAAUAGUAAUAUUUGUUUUUUAAUACUAUAUUUUACUUACAUAUUAUAUACCUAUACCAUUUGUAAAUCUUUCUCCCUCCCUUCUCCUUUUCAAAGAAAAAAGUUAAUAAUUUUAAAAAUUCAGUGAAAGAUUCAUCAAAUAUAUUCAAAACAUAAUAAUUGAAUAGUUUAGUUAUUAAUUAAAAUAUCAUUAAAAUAUGUUUGCGAAAUUUUUGUUUUAUAUAGGUUCGGUGAUUUCUAGUUUAUUCUUGUCUCUUAUUUGGUUUAUUAAAUUCGCAGUCUUAAUAUAGGUUUACACUUAUUAAAGCAUAUAUCACAAAGCAGCAUACAACUACAUAUGUACGAUAGACUCUUAAAUAUAUAAAUGAAUAUAUACCAGAAUAUCGACAGAAAACGAAAAUGUCCAUAACAAUUCAUUAAAUUAUUUUCAUUUACA